GGAGCAGUAAGCCUUGUAAAUGUUAGGUUGCUGCACCCUCCUUGCGUUGGCGCAUGGCUGCCGUGAGCCAUUCCGCAGUAACUGUAUGGCUCUCGAGGAGCGCAUCACGAAAUCCUUGAGCUCCAACCACAGAAGAUCCCACUGCCUCCAGUCGCGUCGAGUCUCAAUAAUUUUGGACAGACCCCUGUCAUAAGUCACGUGGUUGGAGCCUAGACCCCUGGCUCGUGACCUUGGUGGACAUGACACCUCAAGUCACCCGCCGACGUCACACUUUAAGAGGCGCGCGCUUCACGGUGGCUGGUGGUUGCAUCCAUACAAAGUAUUAUUCAAAUGGUUGGUUGAGGUAACAGGCAGGCUAUGGUUCUAUUUCUUCUUCCUAAACUCUCCUACAUCAACCUAUUUGCUCUCUUUUACGAAAUUUCCUUCUCCAUUUGUGCUAUUCCUAACUGAAGUUGACAUUUAUGAAGCCUGCUGUGGCCUAAAUAACAGCCAAAUAAUAUCUUCACGCCAGAACUCAAAGUUUCACAUGCCUUUAGAAGACUCCUGGCUGGUAGAAGGGGACGAUGAUGUCCGCAAGGAAGGGUCUGAGAGAUCAGUGAAAGAGGAGGAGUACGUCAUUCCGCGACACGACACAAAGCAAGACACAAAGGCGACUCGGCGGCCAAAGAGGACCACGAGGUCGCCUGACCCUGAGUUCAUUAUGCCAUCCCUUGAUUACAGGGCAAUAGAUGGCUCAUGGGAGGGUCUUUCUAGCGGGGCGUCCCGUUCUGAAGGGAACCCUCAAAGGCGGAAGUCGAGUACUCCGGAGAAACAACCAGACGCGAGGCGACGGAGCUCGCGUCAAGCUGCACAAAAUGGAAGUCCUCAGAAGCGUUCGCGUCCACCAAAUGUCCAACCACCACAGCGCCCUGCCGAAGGUGCUGGGUCUGAAUUUCUAGACGUUUUAGCCGGCCACGCCACGGCUAUGGUGUCAUUUGUACUGGACGUGCUGGGGAAGAGCCUCCGGAUUCUCAAGACGCCCAUCUCAUAUGCACUUGCUGUUUGGCUGUUGCUCGGCCUCAGUAUUAUGAUGCGGAAUUUCCUCACUAAUUCUAUUUACUCUUCGCUGUCGCCAUUAUGUCGUAUCCCAGGCACCUCGCUUCUUAACCUUCCUUUCUGCCCUUCAGGUGGCUAUGAUUCGAAGUCUGGUCCGUCACCAGCGGCGGAGUUUGACCAGCUGAUCUCUGUCCAAGGGAAGUUUGAGGAGGUGCUCGAUGAGAGUGCAGCUGGGGUGUCACUUCCUAUGGAUAUGAAGCGAGGGGAGGCGUCCAUUCGAGACCUACGACAGCUGGUGAGGUACAGCCAGUUGCAUUCAAAGAACGAGCUUGUUCUGGAGUUCGACGGAUUUAUAGAAACAGCAAGGAUUGCCUCGUACGAUCUUCAAAAGUUCAACAGCCACAUCGGAAGAGCUGUUGAUAAUGUGCUUGCUACAACCCGGUGGACGACACGAGUGCUUGAGGGCAUCCAGAUCCGAGAUGCUUCUCAAGGAGCAAUCAACAAUUUCGCGAAUAGCUUCGCCAAUAAGCUCCUCGCGCCGUUCCAGCCUGUCAAGUUCACUGAAUCAGUGCUGCUCGACCAAUACAUCAAGCACACUCAAAUCGUCGAAGAGGAGAUCAUGAAGCUGAUUGAUGAGGCUCAAGCCCUACUGAUGAUUCUGAACAGCCUCGAAGACCGACUCGAAGUCAUCCAUGGAAUCGUGACCCGCGACGGCCACCACGCGAUCGCCCAGAGGGAAGAGCUCCUCUCCGAGCUCUGGACCAUGGUCGGCGGCAACAGAGGCAAACUCAGCAAAACAAACCGGCAGCUCAAUCUCCUCAGGCAAGUAGGAGUAUACCGAAAGAUUGCCUAUGGCCACGUCUCAGCCACCAUCCUCAAGCUGCAGCAAAUUGGAUCGGGGCUUGAGGAUCUUCGGGAACGUGUUGGGUCGCCGGAGUUGUUACGGGAUAGGAUUGAUAUCCCGUUAUCUGUGCAUAUUGAGAAUAUUCAGCGGGGCGUAGAGAGGUUGGAGGAGGGGAGGCAGAGCGCGCGGAAGUCGGAGAAUGAACAUAUUGCGCAGACGCUGGAGAGGAGUAGGAUAGAGGGCACGUUGAUUGGGAUAGACUAAGGUUGUGUUUGUAUAGGUCUUGGGUGGGAAGGCAGGGGUCACUAUUAGAUAGGAUACCUAGAUAGAACCAUAAAUUGGUUAAACUCUCAAAUCCAGAGCCG